AUGGAAGCAAAACAGCUAACGACCUGUGCCCAGGUAGAGACGAAGAUCCGCCAAUGUGUCGAGCAGCGUCGACGCAUCUACAGCCAAAGCUCCGCCAUAACAAUCAGAUGGGAGAAUGAUGAUACCAAUGCAAAGACAGAUGCUUUGUAUUUCAAAGAGUUUGCCAGAAUACUCGGCGUUAAAGAUGUACUCGAGUGCGAGAUUUCUGGCGCAGAUACGGUCCCUAGCACGCAUGUUGAAGGGGCGAUCGCAACUUGCAUAAAGAGUAGCUUUGCGGCCCAAAAAGAUGGAGCACACCUUAUUAUCAUUCACUAUGCUGGCAAUGGAUUCUAUGAGCCGAAGCAAGGACAAUACUUCUACCCGACUGAAGACUCUUCGCAGCGAUUCUACCUUCGAUCCCUUCUGCACCAUAUCACUAACUUUGUGGAAAUCGAUGGACCGGCCUUCGACGUUGUUUUGAUUAUUGAUUCAUACUGUUCUCCAUUCAUUACUCCCGCCGUCCAACCAAGAUCAGGCCAGACAAUUGAGCUUCUUGCGCCCCUUGGGUAUAGCAACGAUAAAUAUCCCAUGACUGUUGUCGAGCCCAGAAGAUCUGCUGAUAUCACAAACACAUUUUACAUCAAGGAUAGUCCAACUUCUAACGCAGUGGAAAUUACUCGGUUUCAGAGACAUGAAUUUUGCUACCCUUCUUGGUGUCGCGCAAGAGGAUGA